AGAGACGUUUGCAGAGAAACUUGAGAACAAGCAAGAACCAUGCUGUCUCGUGUUGUCGCAGCCCGCGGGCUGCUUGCUCAGACGCCCGUGCUGACGGCCGUCCGGUGCUCCAGCACCAAGACCCCUUUGAUGAAGAAGUUCUCCAUCUACCGCUGGGACCCGGAGAAGCCCGGUGACAAGCCCCACCAGCAGACCUACGAGAUUGACCUGAACGACUGCGGCCCGAUGGUGCUUGAUGCGCUCAUCAAGAUCAAGAACGAGGUCGACCCAACGCUGACCUUCCGCCGCUCCUGCCGUGAGGGUAUCUGCGGCUCCUGCUCCAUGAACAUUGACGGCACCAACAACCUCGCCUGCCUCUGCCCCAUCACCCGUGAUGGCUCUGAGAUGAAGAUUCGCCCUCUGCCCCACAUGUAUGUCGUCAAGGACCUCGUCCCGGACAUGACCAACUUCUACCAACAGUACAAGGCGAUUGAGCCGUGGCUGCAGACGUCCAAGCAGCCCGAGGAUGGCAAGGAGUUUCUCCAGUCCAUCGCAGACCGCAAGAAGCUUGACGGCAUGUACGAGUGCAUCCUGUGCGCGUGCUGCAGCACGUCGUGCCCUUCGUACUGGUGGAACGGUGACAAGUACCUCGGCCCCGCCGCCCUCAUGCAGGCCCGCCGCUGGAUGGCCGACUCUCGCGAUGAGCGCAAGACGGAGCGCAUGGACCGCCUGCGUGACCCCUUCAGCAUGUACCGCUGCCACACCAUCAUGAACUGCACAAAGGCCUGCCCCAAGCACCUGAACCCUGGCAAGGCCAUUGCGGAGAUCAAGCGGGACAUGGCCAUGUAAUGGCAGCAGCUGUUGCAACCUCGUCAACAAGGGCCCUUCUCCCCUCUUGCUCUCUUCAUCCGUCCUUUUACAUGUCCCAUCUUUGUCCUGCACCACCCCCAACCCACAUAUGUUCUUGAUUUUGCGCCACUUCUGACCUUUCAAGACACUCCUUCAAGCCCCCUCUUGCCCCAUCUCCCACACACCAACGUUCCUCUCCCUCUUCAGCCACUGGUUUCCCUCUUUUCCAAGUAAACACACCUUGUUCCAGUGGAUGUACUCUU